GGUUAGUUUCGUGAAUAUGUAAAUUCGAUUAAUAGAUGGAAUUAACCAGGAUAAGUUACAAAGAAGUUUAACCAAACCGCUGAUGGAUGGUGAAAUCGCGUUACUGAUUUGUUUUUCAAUGACGAUCAUGAAACAAAAUUUUUCUAUUUCAUUCGACCAACACGGAAGGGGAAAGGAAAUCAACAAAUUUUUGUGUAAUAUAACGUGCAAUUGUUUUACAGCGAUAUGUUUUUCUGAAUAACAGUGUACAUAACUUAUCCUACUUGAGAGCGUAAUCAAGUGUUAUUAGACUGACUGAAAACACAAUUGUGCAAACCUCGGUGACAUAAGUGAGGCGCUGAAAAUAAAACAAGCCACUAGUUGCGGUGAAUCAUGAACAUCUCGACCGGUUUGUUGGACGAAACGUUCGUCUAUCUGUACCGGGAGAUGAUGGAUAACUACGUGCCGGUGUAUUUCAAACAGAUGGAAUACACCCCAUGGAUCUUCUCGUUGCUCGGGUCGGCCCUGAUCGGGUUGAGCGGGAUCUUACCACUGGCGCUGAUUCCGGCAGGGGAUAAAGCGACGGCUGAUUUUAAGGAUCCCGCCGAAUCCAAAUCGCUCAAGGUGCUGUUAAGUUUCGCGGUCGGUGGAUUGCUGGGCGAUGUGUUUCUUCAUCUGCUACCGGAGGCGUGGAGUAACGAUGUGACCAGUCAGUCCCAGUCGGCUCAUGAUCAUCCCUCGAUGCGCAGUGGUCUUUGGGUGCUUGGUGGUGUUCUGAUUUUCACCAUCGUGGAGAAAAUAUUCUCCGGUUACACGAAUGCCGACGAGAACAAUCCGCAGCCGCGGUGCGUUGAGAUUGCAACGUGUUUGCUGCGAAAGAGUGGGGGUAAACUGCCGGAAGGAUUCGUUGGAAGCUGCGGUCAAACUACGGGGGCUUGCGACAUCGAGGAUGUUCCGAAUGGAUGCUUUCUUGCGGGGAAGUCUGAGGAGAAAAAGGAAUCCACCAAAAAAGUGGCUGGUUAUCUGAAUCUGCUGGCGAAUUCGAUUGAUAACUUCACCCACGGAUUGGCCGUUGCCGGUUCGUUUUUGAUAUCCUUCCGACAUGGAGUUUUGGCUACCUUUGCCAUACUGGUGCACGAAAUCCCUCACGAAGUAGGUGACUUUGCUAUCCUACUGCGAUCGGGAUUCAGCCGAUGGGAUGCGGCCAAAGCACAACUGCUAACUGCCGGAGCCGGUUUGAUGGGUGCGCUGGUAGCGAUCGGUGGAAGUGGUGCAACGACUGCCAUGGAAGCUCGUACUUCCUGGAUUAUGCCAUUUACGGCCGGAGGUUUCCUGCACAUCGCACUGGUGACGGUGCUACCGGAUUUACUCAGUGAAAAUGAACCUCGCGAAUCGAUCAAACAGUUUGCUGCGCUUCUGUUGGGCAUCGGUCUGAUGGGAAUCAUGACGGUAUACAUGGAGCACUAGGUCCUAGGUGCGUGUGCGUGUGUCUGCUGCAAAUGUACGAACGGAUGACAAGCACUUCCGACUCCUUCCGACCCACCUCCUACUAAUCCUCUCACUCUCUAGUCCCGAAGACUCCGGAUCGUCCAUCCUCUGUAGUGUCAUCUGUGUUUGCCAUACUCUUCUAUGUGUAAGGAAAUAAAUACUGAAAUCAAAUUGCUAGUUCGUAGUUAAUACAUGAUAUGUAACCAAUUUAAUAACCGUUUAUAAGUAAAGUUCGUUAAUUAGUGUUAAGAAAGGUAGAAUUCGUCACGACAGAGACAAAACUCUCUCGGUUUUGUUUGUGAUAGUGUUGUCAAUCAAGCGCAAGAAAGGUAAAAUGUCCUUUCGACAGUAGACAGUAUAUAGACGAACAACAGACGGUCGACGUUAGUCGUUUUCUCCAGACAUUACAUUUGUAAAUAUAUAACGGAGAUGUGGCACUGAUCUAUUCGUUGGUCUGUGCUUAAAAAAAACGAAAUUGUCAAAAAUGUGAGACAAGAAGAAACGCUGUGAUUUUCUGUAUGAUACCCCAUUGUAAUAAAACGAGAUUCGAAGCAAGCAA